AACAACAGCAACAAUUACAACAACAAAAUGUUUCAUAUGUUGGUAUUGGCGCUGCUGCUGUUGCAGCUCAUGAGCGGGCAAAUCGAUCCGGUGGAUGGCCUCAAAGUAACGGCCACUCUCAUAACGAAUCAUAACUAUCCCGUGGAGGAGCACACGGUGCACACGCCUGAUGACUAUAUUCUCACUAUUUAUCGCAUACCCACAUCCCCCAAGAGGCAGCAGCUCAAUGAGACGCAGCAGAAGCCAGUGGUAUUUUUGCAGCAUGGCAUUCUGUGCGCCUCGGAUGAUUGGAUCAUCAAUGGGCCGGAGACAUCGCUGGCCUACAUGUUCGCCGAUGCCGGGUACGAUGUGUGGCUGGGCAAUGCGCGCGGCAAUACGUAUUCGCGUCAGCAUAAGCACAUACAUCCGGAUACGUCGGAUUUCUGGAAGUUCAGCUGGCAUGAGAUUGGCGUCUAUGAUCUGGCUGCCAUGCUGGACUAUGCCCUGGACGUGAGCAACAGCACAUCGCUGCACUUUGUGGCACAUUCCCAGGGCACGACCACAUACUUUGUGCUGAUGUCCUCGCUGCCUUGGUACAAUGAUAAGGUGCGCUCUGUGCAUUUGCUGGCGCCGAUUGCCUACAUGCGCAAUCAUUCGUUCAUUCUGUCCAAGCUGGGCGGCAUAUUUCUGGGCUCACCCUCGUUCCUGAGCUGGGUAUUGGGCAACAUGGAAUUGUUGCCCAUUACUAGCAUACAGAAAAUUAUGUGCGAGCAUGUCUGCUCUGUGGGCUCAAUGCUGAAGUUUUUGUGCUCCGGACUGCUGGACUUUAUUGGCGGCUGGGGCACCAGACAUCUAAAUCAUACCCUAUUGACAGACGUUUGUGAGACACAUCCGGCUGGCGCUUCCACCACACAAAUUAUACACUAUCUACAGCUAUACACAUCGGGAGAUUUUCGACAGUAUGACCAUGGCAAGGAAAAGAACGAGAUUAUCUAUCGACAGGCCGAGCCGCCGUCAUAUAAUGUUCAAAAUAUCAAUAGCUGUGUUAAUAUGUACUACAGUGACAAUGACUAUAUGUCCGCUGUGGAGGAUGUUGAAUAUUUGGCCACAUUGCUUCCCUGUGCGGAUCUCUAUAGGGUGCCCUACAAAGACUGGAAUCAUUAUGACUUUCUGUGGUCUGUCAAUGUCAAAGAAGUGAUAAAUAAUAGAAUAAUUGAUAAAAUGCACAGUUAUGACAUCGAGCACGACACGGGCAUGAGUUUCUAACUAAUAUAUAUAAGUAAGCGGUCCCAAGUAUAAAAAAACAAAAAAAAAAAAAAAACAAAAAAAGCUUAGCCAAAUCAAAGAAGGGUACUCAGAAUGUAAAUACGUGUAAAUAAUAUAGUUAGAUAUGAGCAUGUGCGUGAUAUAUAUGGUAAUGUUUAUGUUUAAGUUGCAAAAGGUUUGUGAAAUGCUUCUAGUGAAAGUAAUAUAGUUCUUAGUACGCUCUAAAAUAUACGAUACAUCAUUGUU